CGCAGGCAGGAGAUAUUCGCGGGACUGGUUAGAGCUGUCAUCGUCGUCACCGUUGCCCUCAUACGAUGCCGCCAACCUGCGGCAGCGGUCUCGUAGUCCGAAAUAUUGCCCAAGAACGCCACCGUUCCCGCGGUCUUGCCUCCUGUAGCCUUACAGUUCUUCGCGAUCGGACGCUGCGUCGGCUUCUUCCCUCACAAUUCACGGGGGACCAGUGGAAAUACUACUGGGGCAUCACGGAGAGCGACAAGUUCGGCAAGAUCUACGAAGCUGCCUCUGCGACGUUCUUCGGGCUUUGGACGAGCUGGUUUCUGACAUUCUUGAUCGGCCUGCCCGCAGCCACAGUCUUGGGCACGGUGUUCUUGUUUUACUGGAUUUUGGCCCCGGGCUUGGCUGCCUACCGGCGGAACGUGAGCUUCCGCGGCACUUACUUCGCCCGGACCCCGCGCGACGACGGCGUCUUUGGCGCGCUCUUUAGUGGGAGGGUCGUGCGCGUGGGCCGCAUCCGGCAGGCGAGGGAGUACAACCGGCCCGAGGCCCUGGUCAUGUCCAUGGAGGACGAAUCGGGGCGGAAGCUGCGAGUCUACGCGCCAAUCUUACCCAGCUACAAAAAAGUGCGGCCAGGGAUGCGGUGCGAGGGAUUGGUCUUGAGCGAGUCGCCCGACUUCGAUGAGCUGAUGGGGGUCUCGGACGUCUUUGUACCAGACUGCGGGGCCUGGGUGGGCGAGUACCCGUACAUCGACAAGGUGCCGUUUAAAGCCUUCUUGGCGAGCAGGGCGAGGCGAAGGGGCGGGAUGGGGGAGGAGAUGGAAGGAAAUGAAGGGUUUUGGGAAGAGGAAGGGGUCGGAGGGGAGGAAUAUGUGAGACCAGACAUGGGUUUCAGGGAGGGUGAGGAGGAGGAAGGUGAUAGCCAGAUUUUUGACAGCGACGGGGGAGGCGAGGGGGGCGACGGGGAUGUGUUCGCACGCGUGUGGGAAGAGGCGAUGCGAAAUGGAAGGAGGAGACAGACAGAGGAGGAAGAGGAAGCGUUGCUGAGUGAGGAAGACCGUGCCAGGCCCUACAUCCCCUCCGCCCUCGCCCCCGCCCCCGACAGCGCCCCUAUCUGCAUCCUCCUUGGAUCUGUUUCGAGCACUGCAAGGCCGUGA